UGUGUUUUGAGUCAGUCAGUCGUGUGUGAGGCGAGAAAGGCAGCGAGUCCAGCCCGUUCUCGGGGGGAUCCUGCCCGCGAACGCAGUCCAUCAUCAACCAAAACGCAAGAAGCGAAACAGCGAGUGCCGUUUAGUUCCCGACUUUUUCAACCUUCAUUGUCCGAAGAAUCGCAGAGCCGUGGCAGAGUCGCUGGAGGCGCAGCAGGAGAGGAUGAGGCGCGCCGGCGAGGCCCUCAACGAGGGUGGAACCGCCCUCUGCAGACGGCUCACCCUCACGGUCGCCGUGCUGCUGCUCCUGUCCGGCAGGGCCUUUGCCGACUGGGGCUACGAGGAGAUCGAGUACACCAUGGCAGUCCUCAACGCCACUUACCCAGGGAGUGCAGAGAAACCGGCGGAGCUGGGCAAGUUCAGCGAAGGUCACAUCUCGUCCUCGACGGGUUUGCUGGUGCACGUCCAGAGUGUCAACAGCACCUCUGAUCACGGGUGCACCUUGCCUCUGAAGCCGGUCGGCGGCGACGUUUUGCCCACGCAGCCCUGGAUCGCGCUCAUCCGCCGAGGACACUGCUCCUAUGACCAGAAGGUGGACAACGCCUUCAAGAGCAAUGCGUCUGCCGUGCUCAUCUUCAACGACCGCGAGUCGCCCGUCCUCCAGAAGAUGCGCGUUUCCACUCACAGGGACAUCAGUGCGGUGUUUACGUACCUGUGGAAGGGCGAGUCAUUGGCGCAGAAGUUGGACAACGGCACCCGAGUGAUAAUGAGUAUCGGCGUUGGCAGUUUCUGCUCGAGACCCUACAGCAGCAUUAACCGUCACCCCUUCUUCGUCUUUCCGCCAAUUUGCGAUCCUCGAAAGGCGACCGCCAAUUGCUACAUUAUGUUAACGUCGGUGUUGUUCGUGUCGAUUUCUUUCAUCGUGCUGAUGAUCAUCUCCCUGACCUGGUUGGUCUUUUAUUACGUGCAACGCUUCAGGUACAUCCACGCCAAGGACCGUCUUGCGCGUCGACUGUGCAGCGCAGCUAAAAAGGCGUUAUCAAAGAUCCCUACAAAGAACAUUCACUCUGAAGACAAGGAAAUGCAGGGUGAAGGCGAGUGCUGUGCCAUUUGCAUCGAACCCUACAAAGUGUCCGAUGUCAUCCGAAUUCUGCCUUGCAGACACGAGUUCCACAAACCGUGCAUCGACCCGUGGUUACUCGAGCACCGCACAUGCCCCAUGUGCAAGAUGGACAUCCUUAAAUUUUACGGUUAUAAUUUUACGGGCAGUCAAGAGAGUAUUCUGCAGAUCGAGGUGGAUGAGCCAUCGCGCGUUUUGACACCUGAGCCUGAAGGGGUGACGCGACAGCCGCGGGGCAGCGUCGGCACAGUGACCAUCGACCCGCAGUCUUUGGUGUGCAUCAACCGAGCUGAGGCGGCUGUGAACCAGGAAGCCGCUGCUGCAGCUGCUGCUGAGCAGCAGCAGAUGGAACAGGAGGGAACGACCAGUGGCGUCGAAAACCCAACCAGCAGCAACUUAGCCGUGCCGCCAAUCAAUCAGGCCCCCGAACCCGUUAAGGGUGAGUGGAAGCUACCAAUUGGAAGCGAGUCAAGCAAGUGCAGUAUUAAAAUAGAAGAGGAUGACCAAGUGAGUGGCAACAAGGUGAUUCACGUUGAGGAAACUUUGGUGGUGCCAUUCACCAGCAAAGCUGCUGUGCAAGCUGUCAGCAAAAAGGAUAAGGAUCCUCCCUCGGAGCCGUGAGAGCCCCCACAUUCCACCCUCUAACCAGCGGAAGACAAGCUCAUGUAUUGGUGAAUGAAGGAGAUGACUAAUUGCCAACUUCAAACGCCAUUUUCAAAAAAUUUUAUUUACUAGGAUUAGAUUUUGCUUUGAGAGCUUUCGAGUGCUGCAGGUCUCGGUAGUUUUGAUUUCGCGCUUGCCCGCUGCCAAGACUGAAAAAGCAACCAAUCAAUUCGUGGAAGUGAGAAUUUCAUUUGUUUUGUGCUCUGCUGACAGACUUAUUAUUUUAACAAGUGAUAAUUAUUGUUAUUAUUUCCCUCGUCGCCAAUAGCUGAGAAAGUGAGCGAUACGAACAAUGUUUAUUUUUUGCAUAAACUCUCAAUUUUCAACUCAAUUAUCCAAAAAUGAUGAUGAAAUGUGAAAAGAAAUUUUUUAAUCCUUAUGGGUUUAUUUAUAGGAAUAAAAAAACGGUGUGAAGCUGUGAGAUUUCAUUGAUCAUCACUCUCUCCAGCUUAUACUUGAGGAUUUUUAUCAAUUUUCUAUCUAAGUUUAAACAGUUUUUAACUUCUUGCAAUUUCCAAUAUGUAUUAUAUAUAAUUCAAAAUCUUGGCGACUUAUUAACUUGAUUAAUUUCAAUCUGAUUGAUGCUGGGUUUAAUCAAGGGGGUAUUUGAAUUUAUUAACUAUUAUUGACGACGUUAAGCUAUUUUUAAGUGGCGAAAGUGUGAAUGGUCUUCUAUAUAUAUUUACGAAGAAAAAAAAAGCAGGAAAAAUGUGUGUUGUAAAAGGAUUGAAAUGAAAUGAAGACUAGUCAGCAACGUGAAAUAAGAAGUUAACAAUGAUUUAAAGGCAUCAAAAAGUAAAACUCCUCUUUGACUUUAAUCUAAAAUGAAAAAGAUAAUGAAUUGUGGUUAAAAAUAUUUGUAGAUGCAACAUACACAACAAUAAAAUAAAAUAAAUGCAAAAUUAUUGAAUAAAAAAACUUUUCUAAUUUACAUGUUCAUUCCCGAAUAAACUUUAGAGAAGCAGUCAAUCUAAAAUAAUUUUUCAGAACGAAAACGUGCUUUAUUUAUUUUUUAAAACUCUGUGCACAAUUUUCUUUAAUAGCCAUAAUUGUUAAAAAAUUAUGCUUAAUAAAUCAUCUCCAAAUUCUGUUUCAACAGUCAGGUUAUUCUGAACAUUAAUUUAGGCCUGGUUAAAUUUAAACACAAUUUCUUUGUGUAUUUAAUAUAAACAAUAAAAAUAAAAUGUUUGGUUAAAAAUUUCUUGUCCCAAAUUCUGAUUUUGAAAUUUCUGCUAGGCAAACUGUCCACAUUUAUGUUGUUCUACAUCAAAAAUCUUUCGCCUCUCACUUAGAACUAAUUAAUCUUCAUGCCAAUUUUUCAGAAAAAUGAAAUUCAUUUUGAAUUUUACUUAAUUUGAAAUUGGAAUUAAUAUUGUUUAUAAAACCAGUGAGACUUAAUCUAACUGCACAAAGCCCUGAAAUAAGAAUCUCACAAAUAUUUAAUCACCUCCCAGAGAGAAUAGAAGCAAUUGAUGAUGUAAAGUUGUUCACAAAAGCUGCUGAGAAAAUUUUUUAUGACAAUAUGUUUUAUGACAUGCACGAGUUUUUGUUGUGUAAACUAAAAUAAUAUUAUAUGUUAAGGUAUCGACUUAUUCUAA